ACUCAUAUUUCGGUUACACAUAAUAAAACAUGAUGAGGAUUUUGGUCUGAAGUGUACAGUUCAAUUAUUGUAACUAUUCGGAAGGUAACGUUAUUAUUAACCUAUUUUUAAAACAUGAAUAAACAGGACCUUUCACUGAAGUAUGUCAUCAUCACGCCACCAAGAGAGGAGUGUGUUUACACGAGCUGUUACUGUGAGGAAAAUAUUUGGAAACUCUGUGAAUAUAUCAAAGCACAACACCAACAUUGCAUUGAAGAUGUGUAUGCAGUUUUCAUAUCUAAUGAAAGGAGAACGGUUCCUCUCUGGAAGCAAAAAUCCUGUCACGGAGAUCAGCCAGUUGUGUGGGAUUACCAUGUGAUAUUAUUGCAUAACUGGAACAGUGGAGAAAGCUACAUUUAUGAUCUGGACACAGUUCUUCCUUUCCCCUGCCCACUGAGUUUGUAUGAAAAGGAGGCCUUUCGGUCCGAUAACUAUCUGAAGGAAUCAUACAGGAGAAAACUGAGAGUUAUUCCUGCUGAAAUGUUCUUGAGCAGCUUUGCUUCUGAUCGCUCACACAUGAAAGAUGAGGUUGGCCAUUGGAAAAUGCCUCCACCCUCCUACCCCUGCAUAGAGACAGCAGAGUCUAAAAUGAACUUAGAUGACUUCAUCAGUAUGGACGCUCAGGUUGGCUGGGGACAAGUCUACAGUCUCUCAGAAUUUAUGGAACACUUUGGUGGUGAAGAAUGGCCAACAUUAACCAAUCAACAACCAAAAUCUUAAAUAAAUGUUAUCCUGUGUUCCUAUUAAAUUUUGGUUGAUUGGAGUUUCAGUUGAUUCAGAACAUAUAUUUUUUUCUUAUUCUGUUAUUUAUUAUUCUUAUUCUUUCAUAAGAUUAUUUUAUUUUAUUAUUUGGUAAUGUACCUUUUACAGCAACUUUCCUGGUACACUUAAUAAAUCUUGCUCUUUUGUAAAUGCUCUUUUAUCAGAUUUCUAAAGCUUAUCCUUUGAAGUUUUCAAAACAACUAAAUCAUGAGACAGUUACUAUUUCCGUGGAUACUCAAUAGGCCCUCAGUCAGGAUCUGGUUGUAUUUCACUGUGAGGUGCACAUCGUCUGCAUAUGGAU